AUGGAUCCUUGUGAGAUUGUAAAUGAAGAAGAUUUUGAUUAUUCAACCAUGUCUGAGAGCUCGUUUGUGACCACUGGAUCAUCAUCUUCAGGUCAUCAGAAUCAGGACAUCAAGCACAAGGGAGCAGCAGAGCCAACGAGGAAAGUGAAGAAGUUGAGAUCAAUCAAGCUCGUCAGAUUGCCAAGCUUGAGGCUCACUACAAGACAAGCAAGAGUUCAACUUGAUUCUCUCUCUACCUUCCCGAGUGGUAUAGCAAGUUUACUGCAGCUUGAUCAAGCGGACAUAUCAGAUGCAUCGCCAAAUUAUAUGAAGACCACCACUUCUUCUGAUGCAAGGAAGGAGAGUUUACAGAAAUCAUCAAGAAUUUUGACGAGAAGAUCUAGUUUUAAGCCUUCAAAGAGUUUGACAAGGUUGUCUAGUACAAAAUACAGGAGAUCUUUGAUGAGGAAGUCUUCUGGGGGAUCUGACCUGAAGGGGAAACUGAAGAAGUCCAGAUCAAUCAAGACGAGAAAUCUAUCUUCAAUUGCUUCAUCAAAUGAUGCAGAUACAUCAGCUAGUCAACUGAAGGAAAGGAGCCAUUGUGAUGUAAAGGACGCUCAUUUUCAGGCAAGUUCUUGUAGCCCUGAGUCUAGUUUGAGUAGCAAGGAUAAAAGUAAGAAAAGCUCGAAGAAUUUAAAGCCCAAUUUAGCUUCUGGUAACAAAUCAAUGAGGGCCAUAACCAGAACACCUUCUUUGAGACCUCAAAGAAUCUUAACAAAAAUGAACAGUAUAAGAACAAAGAGGCCUUCCAUGAAGAAAUACUCUCAAAUGGUUGACUCAAGCAUACAAAAAGCCACAUGUUCUUCAGUUCUCAAGGAUUCCAAGUUUCCUGACCAUCUUGAGCUUCAACCAGGAGGAAGUGAAUAUGAAAGAAUUUCAGCCAUGAAAGUGUGCACAUAUAGUUAUUGUUCACUUCAUGGCCAUCGCCACUCUGAUUUACCUCCAUUAAAGCGCUUUGUAUCAAUGAGGAGACGUCAGCUGAAGACUCAGAGAAGUAUCAAAUUGGAAAGUCGAUCCUUUAACAGAGCAAAACGUUCUACUAAAGCAAAGAAAGGAAUGCAAGCAAGCAAAAUGGGUUGCCAAACAGAUGCUGCAAUUCCAGAAACAACCCAGAAGAGCAGAGAAAUCACUUCAAUCAGAAAAAUGGCUGAACCAGAAGCUGACUUUAAUGGAGAAAGCAAUUAUGGUGGAGAUGAUGAAGAUACCAACAAUUAUAAAUGUGUUGGUGAGAGUAUACUUGAAGAGGUAUUACAUCCUCGUCUGUGUCUGAACAAGAAACUGCAGCUCAGUGAGUUAUCCACAGAAGAAAGUAAAGAAUACUGUACAGACAAGAAGGGAGAGGGAACUGUUGCAUCCAACUCCCAUAAUUAUUUUCUUCCUGUUGAUCAUCCUGAGCACGCUAAUACCAUCUUACAAAAGGUCGAAAAUCCUGGACAGUGUGAUAUCCUGCCGUUUGAUGAUAUUGCUGGCACCUGCCAUGAGGAAAUUCCAGCAGGUGGAGAAUUUCUCCAAAAUGUCAAUGAAGCUAGAUUUUCAGGUUUGAACUUUGAUGCAUACAAAGGUGAUCGAGAAUUGAAGACUUCAGAGGCAACGACUUCAACAAGUUUAGCUAGAAAGCCAAUUGAUAAAUUCAGAAGCCUAAGCGCCAAAGCAUUUGAGGAUGCAAGCAGAAUAAAUGAUGUGAUAUCUUCUGCUUCCACAUGUGAUCAACUAGUUGAACAAACUUCAGAAAGAGGGGAAAAGAAUGAAGAUCCUCUGCAAGACACUCAGUUCCCAGGGACAGAUUCGGAGCCCGAUAGAUUUUCUGGUUUGAACUUUGAUGCAUACAAAAGUGAUCCAGAAUUGAAGACUUCGGAGACAAUGACUUCAACAAGUUCAGCUAGAGAGCCAAUUGAUAAAUCCAGAAGCCUAAGCGCGAAAGCAUUUGAGGAUGCAAGCGCAAUAAAUGAUGUGAUUUCUUAUGCUUCCACAUGUGACCAACUAGUUGAACAAACUUCAGACAGAGAGGAAAAGAAUGAAGAUCCUCAGCAAGACAAUCAGUUCCCAGGGACAGAUUCUGAGCCCGAUAGACUUUCAGGUCUGAACUUCGAUGCAUACAAAGGUGAUCCAGAAUUGAAGACUUCAGAGGCAAUGACUUCAACAGGUUCAGCUCAAGAGCCAACUGAUGAAUCCAGAAGCCUAAGCGCGGAAGCUUUUGAGGAUGCAAGCACAAUAAAUGAUGAGAUUUCUUCUGCUUCCACAUGUGACCAACUAGUUGAACAAACUUCAGAGAGAGAGGAAAAGAAUGAAGAUCCUCUGCAAGACAAUCAGUUCCCAGAGACAGAUUCGGAGCCCAAUAGAUUUUCAGGUUUGAACUUUGAUGCGUACAAAGGUGAUCCAGAAUUGAAGACUUCAGAGGCAAUGACUUCAACAAGUUCAGCUAGAGAGCCAAUUGAUAAAUCCAGAAGCCUAAGCGCGAAAGCAUUUGAGGAUGCAAGAACAAUAAAUGAUGUGAUUUCUUAUGCUUCCACAUGUGACCUAGUAGUUGAACAAACUUCAGACAUAGAGGAAAAGAAUGAAGACCCUCUGCAAGACAAUCAAUUCCCAGGGAUAGAAUCUGAGCCCCAUAGAUUUUCAGGUUCGAACUUUGAUGCGUACAAAGGUGAAACAGAAUUGAAGACUUCAGAGGCAAUGACUUCAACAGAUUCAGCUAGAGAGCCAACUGAUAAAUCCAGAAGCCUAUGCACAAAAGCAUUUGAGGAUGCAAGCACAAUAAAUGAUGUGAUUUCUUCUGCUUCCACAUGUGACCAACUAGUUGAACAAACUUCAGAGAGAGAGGAAAAGAAUGAAGACCCUCUGCAAGACAAUCAGUUCCCAGGGACAGAUUCGGAGCCCAAUAGAUUUUCAGGUUUGAACUUUGAUGCAUACAAAGCUGAUCCAGAAUUGAAGACUUCAGAGGCAAUGACUUCAACAAGUUCAGCUAGAGAGCCAAUUGAUAAAUCCAGAAGCCUACGCGCGAAAGCAAUUGAGGAUGCAAGCACAAUAAAUGGUGCGAUUUCUUCUGUUUCCACAUGUGACCAACUAGUUGAACAAACUUCAGAUAGAGAGGAAAAGAAUGAAGAUCUUCUGCAAGACAAUCAGUUCCCAGGGACAGAUUCUGAGCCUGAUUGCAACUCUCCUGUAGUAGAGAAAACCCAAAUGGAGAAGCAAAGACACGCAGGACUGUGGACCCUGAUAUAUCAACAUAUGGCAUCAGGUAUUGCUUCAGAUUACGAAAUGCAGCCAACUGUUAACAAAAUGGAUAAGGAACAAGGGGAAGAUGCAAACACUUUGCCUGCAAUGAACAAUUCAGAUUCUUGUGGAGAUUUUUCUGGAAAAGAUCAGGGCAUGGAGGUGUAUGAUCGUGAUAGAGGCAGCCAUAAGAUUGAGCUUUACCAGCGCAGUGCCAUUAAAUUGGUACAGGAAGCGUUUGAUAAAAUCCUCUCAGAAAUUCCCGAUCACUCAUCUGAUGAUCAAUCAACUAAAAUCGACAGCAUGUUAGACAAGGGAGAAAAGAUUCAUGCUGCAAGUGGGUUUGAUUCAGGUAAAGAAAGCGCGGAACAAGAUCAGGCAGAAAUGAGGCUGAAUGAAUAUACUAUGCAUGGGCCAGAAGGACAGAAAACACAAUCCGAUGUAGAAAGCAAAUCUAACCAGCAAGCACCCAAGAGCUGGAGUAACCUGAAAAAGAUAAUUAUCCUCAAGAGAUUUGUCAAGGCAUUGGAAAAGGUGAGGAACUUCAAUCCUCGGAAGCUACAGCAUCUACCAGUACAGCUUGAACCUGAAGCAGAAAAGAUCUAUCUACGCCAUCAGGCCAUGGAAGACAGAAAAAAUUCCGAGGCAUGGAUGCUUGAUUAUGCACUUCAACAGGUUAUUUCUACACUAGCCCCAGCUCAGAGAAGAAAAGUAGCUUUGCUUGUUCAGGCAUUUGAAACAAUUGUUCCAUUACCAGAAACUGGUACUAGUCCAACGUAUCAUGUAGCUGCUUCUUCACAUGCAACUCCAGCUCAAACUUUUACUGCUUCCUCUUAUGAAAAUGGUUCUGGAAAAGGAAAAGAAAACAAUUUUGGAAUCUCUCUUCGUAAAUCAUCAUUCCCCAAAGAGGAUCAAGACCAAGUCAGUAACUCCUACACAUCAGAGGAGGACUUUCCAGAAUCUAGUUCUGAGGUCAAUAAACCAUGUUCAGAAUCUGGUUCCACUCACACAGCACCGAGUAUUUUGACUUCUGAAUUCACUUCCACAGGCUUGAAGGAAAAAAUUGGAGAUCUCAAUCAUGAUAAUGGUGACCAAAAUUCCAUUGCCAAAGAUGAUGACCCUGGACAUACCAAUUACUGUUUGCUGGAGCCAGGCGAAGCUGACUUAUCUGAUAAGCCUUCCCUAGAGUCAGCUGAUGUGGCAACCAGUUCUCAUGAUGAAGUUUCACUAAAUGGAGAAAUUCUCCAAGAAGUUCCUGUAGAAGUAAGUUUGAUUUCUGCUUUAGAAGUCCAAGAUCGUGAUUUUGAAUUCAACAGUGAAACAUUGGUGUCAGAUUGUCGAAUUGAUCUCACUGGUGAACAUUCAGAUGGAACCAAAAGCCAAAUCCAAAAAAAUUUGGCAGGAUCAAUUGCAGAUGACAAUGCACACAUUUCUGUUUCUGUCUCUGAACUGCAGGAAGAAUCAUCUAAAGUCACUGAAGGAGAAAAUGUGCUUCAAAAUAAGUGUUUCCAAGAAUUUUCUGCACAUGAAGAAUCUAAAUUCAGUUCUGCUGACAGAGCACAUGAAAAGCAGAAAAAUAUGAGACUUUGGUACUUAAUAUACAAGCACAUGGUUUCAGGCAGUGCAAGUCUACUCGAGGAGGGGCCAGACAAGGAAGAACAAGCAGAUGAUGCAAACACAUCUUACGGAAUGGAUAAUGGUUGUUCUCAUCAAGGUUUUUCUCAGGAUAAAGAUAUAAAUAAUCAUAAAGCAGGCAACCAAAAGAUCGAACUCCAGCAGAUUGAAGCCAUAAGAAUGGUUGAAGAAGCAAUUGAUGAAAUCCCGGUUCCAGAUAUUCAAGAUGACUCACAUGAUGAUCAAUCAGUCAGCAGUGAUGUAAUCCGAGAUCAGGAUUUCCUUGAAAGGCAACCUGAUGAAGGAGGGGAAUCUUAUAUCUCAAAUUACAUUGGUUAUGCCAAAGAGAGCUUUGGAGAAUCCAGCAGUACAAAAAUAGAGCAAAGCUCCAUGCUGGAUCCAAAAGAACCAUACCUGAUUCCUGAAAAGAAUGCUAUAGCAGACAAAGAAAAAACUGCAUUCAUGGAAGAAAAUAAGCCUAAACCGCCAGCACAGAAGAACUGGAGCAAUCUGAAAAGGCUAAUCCUUCUUAAGAGAUUCGUCAAGGCAUUGGAAAAGGUUAAGAAGUUGAAUUUGCGGGAGCCACAAUUCCUGCCCUUGGAGCCUGAGAAGGAUCCAGAAAAAGUUCAUCUAAGGCAUCAAGAUGUGGAGGAUAGGAAAAAUGCUGAUGAAUGGAUGCUUGACUAUGCACUUCAAAAGGUUGUUACUAAAUUAACUCCAGCUCGAAAAAGAAAAGUGCAGUUGCUUGUGGAAGCUUUUGAGUCAGUCAUGCCUACUAUUGGAAGUUGAAAGGGGAGAAAUUCCCAAUGCUAAAGCUACUCUGGAUUCAAAAUCUAUAAACCUGAAGUUUAUUCGGAAGGUAUGGUGACAAGAAGCUACCUUUUAAUGCUCAUUUCAAAUGGCUCUAUACAUCAUUAAAAUUUUCAGCAAAAACCAUCAUUUGUGGAAGAAAGUCAAUCAGAAAGUUGCAACUCAAAAGUUCAAUGGAGAUUUGUGAAGGUACAUACAGUGAAAACAAUUUUUAGCAAUUUUUGGAGCUUCUUAGUACCUGUGAAGAGUGAUGACAUAUAUAUAUGUAUAUGUGCGUGUGUGUAUAUAUAUAUAUAUAUAUA